AUGGUCAAGGACAGACCGGUUUACCCAAUUCCUUCUGUGGACCGCCAGCGAAGACGAAGGCUGCAGUUUGAUGAAACGCCUCCACGAUCCCCUGACUUGGACGAGGCCGCCAAUUCGCUAUUGCUGGACGAUAAUCUCCCGCAAUAUGCUAAGACUAUAAUCGGAUACUUGUUGGAAAGUCGCAAACAAAUGGAGUCGAUUGUCAGAAGCAAUCAUCAAAAAACCAGUCGGAAGCCGAACCAACCUCUGUGGAUCAAAUCGGAUCAAAUCUUCCGAGUCAAACCGCCGUGGAUCAAAUCGGAUGGCAGGAACAAGAAAGAAGACGAUCGUUCGUACUGGCUGGAAUUCCGGAAUAUCGUGGUGGACCAAGCAGCGUAA